AUGACAGAAAUCAACGCAUUCUUGUUUAGAAACCAGGCAGACAUUAAAAUCAUCAAUUCACACCGGAAUAAACGAAAUACUAUCCGAGCAAACAUUUUUGAAGAUCAACACUAUUUGCUGUCUCUCGACCAGUCUUUUAAUAAUUUGUCUUCGCUAGAUCGAAACCUAUUGAAAAAUCAACAAUUUCUACACGAGUUUCACAUAGAAAACAACCGUCUACAAGCACUGCCGCAUGAUUUUCUGAAAGAACAAUUGAGUUCUCUAAAGUUUGUGUACUUGUAUUCGAACCCAAUUAUGACAAUCCCAGUUAUGCCUUUGUACGGAGCACGUAUAGAGAUAAUUUAUGUUCACGGCAGCGAAAUUACGGGAGAAAACCUGAUAAAUCUGGCCAACAAUAUUAAGAUCUAUGAUUUUCUUUACAGAAUGGAAUUAAAGUCAAAUGCAAACGACAGAGCAGAAUCCCUCCAACGACCACUUCUUGAUUUGUCAUUUUGCAAAAUAAGAGAUAUUCACUCGAAUUCAAAUGUAAAAAGCCAGACUUCUAUGGUUAUUUUGCAGUUAUUUAAAACAUUUAGCAUUAAAGGUAAUGGAAACCCGUUUAAAUGUAACUGUGGUCUGUAUAACAUAAGACUUCUAUUUACAAUUAUAGAAACACAAACAUUAAGAUUGGACUGGGUUUGUGAAUAUCCAGAGGAACUUAAAGAAAGAAAAGUAACUAGUCUUACGGGCAGAGAUAUAUACUGUCCCAUCAAUGUUACCGACUGUCCGAGAUUGUGUAUCUGCUAUGUUAGGUACGAUUUUAGUUCAUAUAUUGUCGACUGCCGAAAUAUCAAUAUGUCAAUAUUACCGCUUGUAAUGCCAAAAGUACCAUUGGAAGUAUGGUUCAAGAACACAGGUCUUCUGAAACUAGAUCAAAGAGACAAUUUGGUAAACGUAUCUGUCUUGGACAUUUCUGAAAACAAACUAGCACGUAUUCAACCACUAACUGCGCCAAUGUUACAAAAUGUCAACGUUUUGAAUAUAGAAUACAAUUACUUUACAUCACUUCCGGUACAAAUAAGAUACACAAACAUUAAAAGUCUAUAUUUAGACGGGAAUCCAUUAAAGUGUGACUGUCACACAAAGUGGAUGAUAGACUGGCUACACGACAGAUCGUACCCAGUCAUGGAUUGGAACGCUAUACAAUGUACAGACAACGCCAAGAGGGUCAAUACUUUUGUCACCACUCCAGAUUCUGUAUUCGUAUGCCAGGAGAUUGAAACACCAAGUAUUGCAGAGCACGUGGUAUUCCCGUCAACCAUUAUUGGAUCUUUUGUGUUCAUAAUCCUUAUUCUGUCCCUAACCAUCUACUUUCAACGGUUUACAGUUAGAGUCUUACUUUAUAUGAUAUUUGGAAUCAGAUUAUGCUAUAGACUGGAUAAUGACCAUGGCGAUGUAAAAUACGAUAGUGUUGUUAUUUACGACAAAGAUGAUCAAAACUUUGUCAACAGAAACAUUAAAAGUCAUCUUAGAGUACUGAACUAUGAUGUAGCCGAUAUUUACGACGACUCUGUCAUUGGAUUAACAUUUAUUGAUGGAAUUAAAAAGUUGAUUUGUAAUUCAAAAGUUACAAUAUUCUUUCUGACAAAAAAUAGUUUAGAUAAUGACUUAAUUAUAACUUUAUGGAACAUUACCUCACGACGAGUUCUCAAAAGAAAUUUAGGUUCUAUUAUACUCGUACUAGACAAAGAAUUUCGGAAAAAAUAUACGGAGGAAAUUAUGCGUUUGUACGUCAAAACCGGUAGAUACAUCAAAAAGGAUUCAUCACUAUUGCUUAAAAGUAUACAAUAUCUAAUGCCACCUCAAAAACCCCUUACCCAGAACCCGGAAUCUAAUGAUAACGAUUUAGACUUUGAAGAUAUUGGAGCAGGCGAUGUGUAUUUAACAGAACAAAAUCAUCGAAUCGCUACGAGCACCUUUGAUGAAAACUUUGAUGAGAGGCAACCAGACAUUUUUAUAGUUUUUCCUGAUGGAAUUGAUGAAUUACACAAACUUGUUAGGUAUACCAUAAUACCAUUUCUUCUUGAAAGAAACCAAAUAGCUAGUGUUCUUCAAGAUGAUUUUGUCUUUGGUGAAGAUAUCAGGGUAGGCAUAGAAAGUAGACUUAAUAAAGUGAAACAUGUAAUCUUUAUUUUAUCGGAGGCAAUUUUGGAGGAUGAAGUCUCGCAGUACAUCCUGUGCGCCAUUCUUACCAAAGCAUUUCUGUGUAGCGGUAAUUAUUUGCUGCUUUUUACAUAUGGUCAGAUUGAUGAAAAUAAAAUGCCGGAGAACGUGAAGAAAUUUGUAAAUAGCCACAUAACAGCCAGUAUUAGUGAUACCAACUUUAAAGAGCGAAUACUAGAAGCUCUAACUUUCGAAGAAAACCAAGUCAUUGACAAUGAGGAUACAGAAAGUGUAGCAAUAGAGAACUGUGAAGAUGAUGAAAAAUUAAUCUAA